CGCUCCAGUCGGCAAGCGGAGCAGCGAGCGAGCGUGUGCGUGCGUGUGUGUGUGUGUGUGUGUGUGUGUAUAUGUGUGUGUUUUAAAGAUGGCCGGAGCGGCGGCGGCGGUGGCCGCGGGAGCAGCAGCUGGAGCCGCCGCGGCAGCCGUGUCGGUGGCGGCUCCGGGCCGGGCCUCGGCACCCCCGCCGCCCCCGCCCGUGUACUGCGUGUGCCGGCAGCCGUACGACGUGAACCGCUUCAUGAUCGAGUGCGAUGUCUGCAAGGACUGGUUCCACGGCAGCUGUGUUGGCGUAGAAGAACAUCAUGCCGUUGACAUUGACCUGUAUCACUGUCCCAACUGUGCAGUUCUACAUGGCUCUUCUUUGAUGAAGAAGAGGAGGAACUGGCAUAGGCAUGACUACACAGAAAUUGAUGAUGGCUCCAAACCUGUGCAGGCUGGAACUAGAACUUUUGUUAAGGAAUUGCGUUCUCGAGUCUUUCCAAGUGCUGAUGAAGUCACUGUGAAGAUGCAUGGCAACCAGCUGACACAAAGGUACCUGGAGAAACAUGGAUUCGACGUCCCUAUCAUGGUCCCUAAGUUAGAUGACCUGGGACUCAGGCUCCCUCCGCCCACUUUUUCUGUGAUGGAUGUGGAACGUUAUGUAGGUGGUGACAAAGUGAUAGAUGUCAUUGAUGUGGCAAGGCAGGCAGACAGCAAAAUGACGCUUCACAAUUACGUUAAAUACUUCACGAAUCCUAACAGACCAAAAGUGCUAAAUGUGAUCAGCCUUGAAUUUUCAGAUACAAAGAUGUCUGAAUUGGUGGAGGUCCCUGAUAUAGCUAGAAAACUUUCCUGGGUGGAAAACUAUUGGCCAGAUGAUUCGGUCUUUCCCAAGCCAUUUGUUCAAAAAUACUGCCUCAUGGGAGUUGAAGACAGCUAUACUGACUUCCACAUCGACUUUGGGGGAACUUCAGUCUGGUACCACGUCCUCUGGGGUGAGAAAAUUUUUUAUUUGAUAAAGCCAACAGAUGAAAAUUUGGCGCUCUAUGAAUCCUGGAGUUCAUCUGUGACCCAGAGUGAAGUGUUCUUUGGAGAUAAAGUGGACAAAUGCUAUAAAUGUGUGGUGAAGCAGGGACAUACCUUAUUUGUUCCUACAGGGUGGAUUCAUGCUGUGCUCACUUCUCAGGACUGUAUGGCUUUUGGGGGGAACUUCCUGCACAACCUUAACAUUGGCAUGCAACUCAGGUGUUAUGAAAUGGAGAAAAGGCUGAAAACACCGGAUCUUUUCAAAUUCCCUUUCUUUGAAGCCAUAUGUUGGUUUGUAGCCAAAAAUCUGCUGGAAACCCUGAAAGAACUGAGAGAAGAUGGUUUCCAACCUCAAACUUACCUAGUACGAGGAGUAAAAGCACUGCAUACUGCUUUAAAACUAUGGAUGAAAAAAGAACUGGUAUCUGAACAUGCCUUUGAAAUUCCAGACAAUGUUAGACCUGGACAUCUUAUUAAAGAACUUUCUAAAGUAAUCCGAGCAAUAGAGGAGGAAAACGGUAAACCAGUUAAAUCUCAGGGAAUUCCUACUGUGUGUCCAGUUUCAAGAUCUUCAAACGAAGCAACUUCCCCUUACCAUUCCCGACGAAGGAUAAGGAAACUUCGAGAUCAUAAUGUCCGAACACCUUCUAACCUGGACAUCCUAGAGCUCCACACAAGAGAAGUCCUCAAAAGAUUAGAGAUGUGUCCAUGGGAAGAGGACAUCUUGAGCUCUAAACUGAAUGGAAAAUUCAAUAAACAUCUCCAGCCAUCUUCUACGGUACCUGAGUGGAGAGCAAAAGAUAAUGAUCUACGUUUAUUGCUGACAAAUGGAAGAAUAAUUAAAGAUGAGAGACAGCCUUUCGCAGAUCAAAGUCUUUAUACUGCAGAGAGUGAGAAUGAAGAGGAUAAGAGAAGGACCAAAAAGACAAAAAUGAAGAUGGAAGAGAGUUCAGGAAUAGAGGGGGUGGAAAAUGAAUCUCAAAAGCCACUUAACAGGUUUUUUUCAAGUGUGAAAUCAGAACUCAGGAAUAGAUCAUCGGAAUAUUCUGAUAUUUCUGACUCAGAAGACUCUGGCCCCGAUUGCACUGCACUGAAAAAUAAUUUUACCACUGAAGAGUCUGAAAGUUCAGGUGAUGAAAAGAAACAGGAAAUAACAUCAGCCUUUAAGGAAGAAUCCAGUGUGAUGAGGAGCUUCCUUCAGAAGAGCCAGAAGCCAUCUAGAAGUGAAAUUCCAAGUAAAAGGGAAUGUCCUACCUCGACGAGCACAGAGGAAGAAGCUAUUCAGGGCAUGCUGUCCAUGGCAGGAUUGCACUAUCCCACAUGUUUACAAAUGCAAGUGCAAAGCACAGAUAACAGUAGUGACAAACAGUCUCUCCAGGACCCCAGCUGCCACAGCAGUAACCAUGAAGUUAGGCAGUCCUAUCACUACAGUAGACCAAUGGAAUACGGAUACCAUGUCAAGACUGAAGAGCGGGACUUACGGACUUCUUCCUGGAUUAAACAGUUUGAUACAACUUCCAGAUUUAAUCCUCAGGAUUUAAGUAGAAGCCAGAAAUGUGUAAAGAAGGAAGGUUCAUCAGAAAUUAGUCAGAAGGUACAAAGUAGGAAUUUCAUGGACAGCAGUGGCUCAAGCUUUCAGAAUGGAAAAUAUAUGCAGAAUUCAAGCGUGGUUUCAGGGGCAUGCCAGAUAAACACUGGCAGUCUCAGCCCAGAAAGGCCCGUUGGGGAAACUUCUUUGUCAGUGCCCCUUCACCCCACCAAGAGACCUGCAUCAAAUCCACCACCCAUCAGCAACCAGGCAACUAAAGGUAAGCGUCCAAAAAAAGGAAUGGCAACAGCCAAACAACGUCUUGGGAAGAUCCUCAAGUUGAACAGAAAUGGCCAUGCACGUUUCUUUGUGUGAUGGAAUUGCUGUAGUAGUCGUCCUUUCCUUCGGAGACCAGUCUUGGGGGUGCAGGAGCCUGGAGCUCCCGCUGUACCCCUGCCUGGAGCAGUUUGUGUGUACAGUAAGAAUAUUGCCCGAAGAACAGAAUGAACUUGAUGCUGCAUUUUCACUGUGCCACACCCACUCAGCAAUAACCUUCUGGACCUGGUGGGGGAGAGGAAGAAAGAGGGUAAAACCUUAAAAGGAGACCUUGGACUGAAAAGGGUCUCUUGUCAGGGCUUGAAUUUCAUUUUGUUGUUGAUAGUGUCUUGAUUUAUUCAGUAGUAGGGUAAAGAAUUAUCAAUAAUUUAUUUAACAGAUUUUUUUUUUUUUAAAAUUAACAGCUUUUAAAUUCUUUCUUUUUUAAAGCUAUUUAUUUGGAAGAUUUCUGGAGAAAUAUCUCACUAAUUUAGAUUUAAGAAUGUGAAGGUUUUUAAAUUAUUUUUGAUAGCGUGUGUGUUACAUGUGGGGAAGAACCACGGUAACAGUAACUAGUCGGGACUCUUCAAUUUGAUAUUCAGGUUAAAGUCUUAAACAGGGAUUUGAUGCAUUAAUUAUUUUAAAUUAAGAUGUAUAUGAAAAUCAUUUUAUUUUAUAUAUUUCAUGUGUUUUUUAUAAGCUAUUAGCUUCGCUUUUGCUAACAUCCAAGGUGCAUACUGUUAUCCAGGUUGAUUACCUUAUGUCCACCCCCUCCGCACUCCCCAUCGUUUUGUGAUGACCCAACAACACUCUUCUCUUUGCAGGGAAACACUUUCAUAGCAAAUAUGUAAGAACUCCAUAAAAUUCAUUUCUCAUUUUAUUUGAAAUUGUGAUUUUCUUGUAAGUAUAAAGAAAAUAGGCUUCUUACAUUUUCAUUUCUGCUGAUGAUAUCUAGGUCCCAAAGAGAACAGCUUUAAUAUCUGUUUCCUACUUAUGGGAAAAGUAUUAUAAGUUUGGUUUAAUUUGUCAUGUUUAUAGUUUUUUUCCAAAUACAUUUGUAACUAUACAGGGCCUUCUUCAUACUGCUGGUGUCAGGUGACCACACUGACACCCACUGCAGAGGGUCUCUCUUAUGGCGCUUUGAUUCUCUAUACCUAAUUUGUUGGAAAAUAUGAUUUGACUUAUGAUGUUCAAAUCUGCAUAAUAAGCAUUAAUAUAAUAGAAUCAUACUAUAUUAAGUUGUAUAGAAGCAAGCAUGUUGGAGUAGAUCUUCUCUGUGUGUGCUUAUUUCUUAAUCUUCUAAAGAAUUAUCUAAGAGAUGGAUUUGGAGUAAAAUGGGUGCUUUUUUGUAGUUUCUUCCAUCUCUCCUGACUUGACCAGUACAGUUUAGAGUUAAAUAGCUGAUUGAAUGUUAAGGUAAUCACUUAUCUCCUAUGUGUUCAAUUUUUACUGAAUGCCAGUUUUCAGAUGCCUGUAAUAACUUCUAUUCCCCUUUCCUCUGCCCUGCCAUAAAGAUAAAUGAUUUCUAGGAGUAGGCUGGAAAUAUUCACAAGUCUCAUAAUAGAGAGCAUUUUACAAAUUCAUACAGAGAAAAUAUAGGCAAAUAGGAUAAAUUUAUUUUUAUGGAAAAGAAAUAGGGUCAUAGUGUGAAUUCCUUUUUUCUUUUUUUUUUUUAACUCAGUACAUUAAUAGUACUUUCCCUUCCGUAUUAAAAUAUCACUUGAAUUGCUAAGAAAAAUAUCUAUACCAUCUUCUUUCACAGUUGUAUUUAAAUUUGUAUUUUCAAAAAAGCAUUAUUUUUUACAGUUUCCAUUCCGAUAUUUCAUGGGGUAUAUAUUAAAUAGCUUAGUGAAUUAGCCUUUUUUGGCCCAGAGACACUGGUCCAAAGUCUGAAUCUUAACUGGGUAUUGGGAAGAGUUUCUAUGGACUCCUCAGUAUCUGUGUAUGGCCUACUUAAACCUUGUCUACUAUGCCAAAACUAGUGAGAAGAUGGGCACAGGCAGCCAUUGACUGGUCAUCUUACCUCAAGAUGCAAAAUCUGGUUUUGACUGCUUCCCCCACCUUUCUGCACAAUCUGUUACUGUGAUGUCUUGGUUUCUGUAGACUCCAUUUUAGUGCUAUUGUACAUGUGCUGCUCUUUCACUUUAAGAAAUAAUAACUAUAAUUUUCUUUCCUAUUUCCAUCAUGAUGUGGAUUUUUUCAUUAAAAUUUUUUCGUAGCUUCAAGAAUUUUUACUUACUAUUUUAGCCAUAAAAGCAAGUUUGCUUUUUAUGAGUUAAAAUAUGAUCAGUAUCCCCUCUGUUUCCCUAGGCCAAAAAAUAUUAAUUUGAGUAGCUAAUAUGUGGGAUAUUUUUUUAACUGAAGGUGUAUGUACAUUUAUUUUUGCCAGCUUUUGUCCAUUAACUGGCUAAGUUCCAAAACUUUGAUCAAGGCACUAUAAUAACCACUAUGACAGUAACAUGUAUCUCUUUCUGAAUUGGUGAGCUUUUAGCCGCUCUCUCGCAAAGUCUGACUGAUCCAUCCCUUAUCUCUUGGACAUGGCUGAACUGUAAGCUAGUUGCUGCCAGUAUUUGGACUUCACAAAAAUUGACAAGCUUCUGUCUUUCCCCUGUCACAUUUAUAAACAACACUAUCUUACAGAUAACACAACUUAGGCAAGAAUACAUCGAUGAGAGCAUUUAGUUAUUGUAAGUGAAUACAAGUAUAUUAAUUGAGAAUUAGGAUUUAACAUAUGAAAUUUUAGUAAUAGUAGUAGUAGAUAGUAAUUUUUCUGUGUUAAUUCAAAUAGGUGACUCCUAACCUGUAAUUCUCAAUUUCACAUAAUAUAGUAAGCUCUCCAGUAUUGAUGAAUGAUAUAAGCGAUUCAAGUCUGGCAGUUUCAUAGUAGCUCAGUACCAUAGGAAUGUAUUGAACUUUAUGAAAUUCACUUUUGAAGUAUAUAAAAUUGAAGAUUCUGACUGAACUCAUAAACUCACAGAAGAAGCAAGCCCAUCUUUAUCAGUAGUUAAAUACCUGACUUGAAUAUUAUUCUGUUUGUUAAUCCUAAUGACCUUUUCUAUGUACUCUGCUGUAUCUGUUCAUCUGAAAUCAGCAAGGUAUUGACCCAACACGUACCGUGUGCCCAAGCACCCUUUAGAACUGUGGGGGAUAUGAAGUUACCACAUAGUCUCUGCCUUUAAAGACAUCUUUUCUAAGACGUUAGCAUUAUUUUCACCUUUAAGGAAACUGUAGAAGAGAAGGCCCAU